CUCCCUUGUUCUGUCGCAUUCGGAAAAGUCGUCUGGCCACAGCAAUUCCCGCCACACACUCGCAAGGUGUUUCGGGAUCGGCAUCGGCCUCUGCUGUGGUGCGGUUCAGGGAACAUGGCGGACAAAGAGGAUGAGCCGACUAUUGCCCAAGACUUGGUGGUUACCAAGUAUAAAAUGGCCGGGGAGAUGGUCAACAAUAUACUCAAGCAGCUGAUAGAGAUGUGUAAGGCCGGGACCACUGUGUUGAGCAUUUGCGACGAAGGUGACAAACUGCUGGUUGAAGAAACGAGCAAAGUUUUCAAAAAGGAGAAAGAACUAAAAAAGGGGAUUGCAUUUCCCACCUGCGUGUCCGUGAACAACUGCAUCUGUCACUACUCUCCGUUGCGGUCCGAUGCCCAGUACACACUUAAGGAUGGAGAUGUUGUCAAGCUCGAUCUGGGGGCUCACAUUGAUGGAUUUAUUGCCGUUGUCGCACAUACGGUAGUCGUGGGAGCAUCCAAGGACAACAAGGUGACUGGUAGGAAAGCGGAUGUGGUGAGAGCUGCUUACUACGCUGCCGAGGCAGCUCUUCGGCUCGUCAGGCCAGGGGAGGAGAAUAACCAUGUCACAGACAUCAUCCAGAAGGUGGCGGAGUCUUUCAAGUGCAAGCCUGUGGAAGGCAUGCUGUCUCACCAGCUGAAACAGUACAGGAUAGAUGGUGAGAAGUCAAUCAUCCAAAAUCCAGCAGAGGCUCAAAAGAAGGAGCAUGAAAAGUGCGAAUUUGAGCUGCAUGAGGUGUACGCCAUCGAUGUGCUUGUCAGUACUGGAGAGGGCAAGGGACGUGAGAUGGACACUAGGACAACAGUUUACAAGAGGACAGAUGAGACGUACUUACUCAGAAGCAAAGCCUCAAGAGCUUUUGUCAGUGAAGCAGACAAGAAGUUCACAACAAUGCCCUUCACCUUGCGGGCAUUUGAUGAGGAAGUGAAAGCUAAAAUGGGAGUACUCGAGUGUGUCAACCACAAGUUGCUCGACCCCUUCCAGGUUCUCUAUGAGAAGGAAGGUGAAGUUGUGGCCCAGUUCAAGUACACGGUGUUGCUGAUGCCAUCGGGCUCUCACCGCAUCACCUGCGGACCUCUGGACUUGGACAUCUUCGAGUCUGAGUACAAGGUGGAGGACGAGUCACUGAGCGCGCUCCUCAACCGCCCCGUCAUCCCCAAAUCAGCCAAGAAGAAGAAGAAGAAGGCAGAAAAGGCAGUGCUAGGCGAUGGUGUACAGGCUGAUGGGGAACAGGAAGAGGCAUGAGUCACCUUAUUCGGGGAGAAGACACCGGCAGCUCUGCAGAGGCAAAUUGUCCCCGGAAGGACUAUUUUUAUAUUCCUUUUAUAUGACGCAGCAGGAACCAGUGUGUUUUGAUUUUAUUCCAUCGUUCAUCAAGCAAGCACUGCUCGCAGCCGGUGGCCUCUCGAAGAAUAAAAUGUUGUUUCUUGACUACA